AUGGCUGCACCAAGUCGAGCUCGGGUCUAUGCUGAUUGCAACACACAUCGUCCGCGAGAAUACUGGGAUUAUGAAUUACACGUUGUUGAGUGGGGAAAUCAAGAUGAUUAUCAGAUAGUAAGAAAACUUGGCCGAGGAAAAUACAGUGAAGUAUUUGAAGGAAUCAAUAUAACAAAUAAUGAAAAAGUUGUUAUUAAAAUAUUAAAACCAGUCAAAAAGAAGAAAAUCAAACGUGAAAUUAAAAUAUUACAAAAUUUAAGAGGUGGUCCAAAUAUUAUCACAUUAUUGGAUAUUGUUAAAGAUCCAGUUUCAAGAACACCCGCAUUGAUAUUUGAAUAUGUCAAUAACACUGAUUUUAAACAACUUUAUCCAACAUUAUCAGAUUAUGAUAUUCGAUUUUAUAUGUAUGAAUUAUUGAAAGGAUUAGAUUAUUGUCAUAGUAUGGGAAUAAUGCAUCGUGAUGUUAAACCGCAUAAUGUGAUGAUUGAUCAUGAAAAUCGAAAACUUCGUUUAAUUGAUUGGGGUUUAGCUGAAUUUUAUCAUCCAAGUCAAGAGUAUAACGUUCGUGUCGCAUCACGCUAUUUCAAAGGUCCAGAAUUAUUAGUUGAUUAUCAAUAUUACGAUUAUUCAUUAGACAUGUGGAGUUUAGGAUGUAUGUUAGCUAGUAUGAUAUUUCGUAAAGAACCAUUUUUUCAUGGGCAUGAUAAUUAUGAUCAGCUCGUUCGAAUUGCUAAAGUACUUGGUACUGAUGAAUUGUAUGAAUAUCUUGAAAAAUAUCAAAUUGAGCUUGAUCCACGUUUCAAUGAAAUACUUGGAAGACAUUCACGUAAACGUUGGGAAAGAUUUGUUCACUCAGAAAAUCAACACCUUGUUAGUCAAGAAGCGCUAGAUUUUCUUGAUAAAUUAUUACGCUAUGAUCAUAAUGAACGUCUGACAGCUAAAGAAGCAAUGGAUCAUGCUUAUUUUUUUCCAAUUGUUCGUGAUCAAAAUCGUCCACUAGGAGUGACAUCCACAGUACCAUUAUCAAACGCAGGUGCAUCAAGCGGUGUUUCAUCGACAAAUUCUCCUUCACCGUUAAAUGUGAAUAAUAGCGUAUCAGCUGGUAAUCAACUUUUUAUUAUCAGGCCAGAAAUAUCAAAGAUGUCAUUUGAACCACCUGAACUGAAAGAUGACAAAAAUAGCGAAGAUUUAUUCACAUCGGCAAUUCAAGAUUCUUCUGUUCAUCAUUCAGAAAAUUUUGGCGAAGUUGCACUAAAUGACGCUGAAUCUGAAGAUGAAGAUAAUCCGUUUGGUGAAAAGGUAAGUCGUAAAAAAUCGCCAACAACCACAACAAUUCUACAACAUGAUACUACAACUGUUGAACAACAACAACAACAAAAUGUACAAAAUAUAGUUGAAGAUAUUAAAAGGGAUGUAAACAACGAUAUGGAAGAGGAAGAAGGCGAUGAUUUAUUUGGUGCAUCAAAGACACGUACAGUGCAACAUACAAAUGCUAACGUUAUUCCUACACCAUCAGCACCCACGUCGCCAACACCUACACCAUCAGCACCCACAUCGCCAACACCUACACCAUCAGCACCUACACCAUUAGCACCUACACAAAUAGAAACAAAGAAUGAUGAAAUAUUUUCAGCUGCAUCGAAUACAUAUCCAUCAAAAGAAACCGUCCUUCCUGCAUCGGUUAUCCCACGAACUCCUACUACACCAAUACCGACAACAUUAGAGAGUCAGGUGUCGUUGAGUAGUGGCAGUAGCAGUAAAGUACGUCCGAAAGAUCAAACUAUUGAAAUAUCUGUUAGUGAUCCAACAAAAGUUGGCGAGGGGAUGUCAUCUUACAUGGUUUAUCGAAUAACAACAAAAACAAACAUGUCAGCAUUUAAAACGUCUGAAUUUACAGUAAAUCGUCGAUUUAGUGAUUUUCUUGGUUUACAUAGUAAAUUAUUAUCAAAACAUAUUCAUACGGGUAUCAUUGUACCAGCACCACCAGAAAAAGAUACAUUAACAAUGGCUAAAGUAAAAAUAUCAAAAGAAGAACAAAUACCAACAGAUUUUAUUGAUCGACGUCGUGCUGCUUUAGAAAGAUAUCUAAAUCGUUUAGCCAAACAUGACACAUUAUUAAUGGAUCCGGAUUUUCGCGAAUUUCUAGAAAUGCCUAAUGAAUUACCAAAAGCCACGAAUACUCAAGCAUUGAGUGGUGCUGGUGUACUACGUGCACUGACAAACAUCUCAAAUCAAGUGGGUAAAUUAACAUUUAAAAUGGAUGAACAAGACUCAUGGUUUGAAGAAAAACAAUAUUUCAUCACUAAUUUACAUAAUCAUUUAAAACAAUUAUAUUCUAGUUUUAAUUAUUUAUUUACACAACGUAAAGAAGCAGCACAAGCCGCAUCGCAAUUAUCAAAAUGUUUAAAUCUUUUAGCAACAAUUGAAGAACAUCCAUUAUUAUCGAGUGCUUUAAUUGAAUUGGCUAAUGUUGAAGAAAAAGUCGAAAAUGUUCAAACGGAUCAUGCUCAUCAGGAAUUUUUUCUUAUUACAGAAUUAUUAAAAGACUAUAUAUCACUUAUUGAUAUGGUAAAUAUGACAUUUCACGAACGUAUUAAACUCUAUCAUCAUUGGCAACAAUCGGAAGAAACAUUACGUAAAAAGCGUGAAACAAAAACAAAAUUGGAACAAACAAAUAAAAAUCCAGAUAAAUUACCACAAGCUGAAAUGGACAUACACGAAUGGGAAGGUAAAGUAGAUCGUGGUAAAGAUGAAUUUGAACAUAUAUCACGUACAAUUAAAGACGAAAUGGAUACAUUUGAAACGACAAGAAUCGAUGAUUUCAAAAAAGCUAUGGAUCAAUAUUUAAAACGUUUAUUGGAACAACAAGAAAAAAUUUUAGAAAAAAUUGAAGUUGAUCCACCCAAUCCAAAUGUUGGAGAAGGUUUAAAAGUGAGAUGUUUCUUGAUUAAUGUUGAUCCAUUCUCUCUGUAUCGUGUACAAUUACUAUGGAGUAUAAAACGAAGGGGAAUUGAUCGUGAUUUUCGUAUUUUGGCAUAUGGUGGAUCUGUGCGUGAUACGUUAAGUGGUCGUGUUAGUGCUAGAAAAGAAUCAGAAGAAGUUUAUGAAAUUGUUUUUCGUCCUGUCCAAGAAAGUGAUACUGGCAUUGUCCGUUGUGAAUUAGCGAAUACCGAAGCUCAAGUGAAAGCUGAACAAUCAAUCAAUGUUCAUGUUCCACCAUCAAUAAUAUCGAUCACAAGUGAUUUACAAGUAAGAGAUGGUGAUGAAGUGACAUUAACUUGUACUGCAAGUGGUAAUCCGAUGCCAUUAAUUAUGUGGGCACGAGACGGUCAAGAAUAUCCGACAUCAUAUAGUUCUAUCUAUAAAAUUGAUCAAGUCAGUAAAGAAGAUCGUGGUCUAUACAAAUGUAUUGCUCAACAACAAACGGAACAAAAACAAACAGCGGAAUCCUACGUAAACAUAUUUGUUGAUUUUGAACCUACUGUAACAUGUGAACAAAUGAUUAUUGAACAAGUACCAAAUAUAAAUGCAGAUGCUGAAAUAAAUUGUAUAGCUGAAGCCUAUCCUAUGAAUAUACUCAAAUGGGAAUUUUCACAAGGUAACACAAAUGUUCGAAAAGCGAUAACAACCGGUGUUAAAUAUAGAAUAGAUACAAAUGUAGCUGUAGAUUCUAUUGAUAGUCGAUAUUCAAGUCGGCUAAUUAUUAAAAAUGUAGUACCAGAAGAUUUUGGAAAAUAUACAUUAAUUGUCAUGGAUGAAAGUAAACGACAAGCUAGUCUGUCACCUGAAUUAAGACCAGGUGUAUAUUACGGACCGCCGAGUGAUGGUUUUAAACUAACAAGUUCGAUAUUUUUGUUGACUACGCUAUUGCUCUGGUCUAGGAUAUCCUCCUUCUCUCAUUUAUUUUAA